GUUCGCGGUGAGCUGCCGGGGCGCGCGGAAGUGGCGGCCGGCGAGGCGGGAAGGGAAGGGCUGGGCCAGGCCGGGCCGGGCCGGGCCGGGGAGCGCCGGGCUCCUCCCCUGCUGGGGCGGAGCGGCGGGGCCUGAGCGCGGCCGGGCGGCGGGGCUGAGGCUGAGCGGCGGCGGCCCGGCAUGUCGGCCUUCUCGGAGGCGGCGCUGGAACGGAAGCUGUCGGAGCUGAGCAACUCGCAGCAGAGUGUGCAAACGCUGAGCCUCUGGCUCAUCCACCACCGCAAGCACUCGGCGCUCAUCGUCAGCGUGUGGGAGCGGGAGCUGCGCAAAGCAAAACCAAAUAGGAAGCUGACGUUCCUGUACUUGGCCAAUGAUGUCAUACAGAACAGCAAAAGGAAAGGACCAGAAUUUACAAAAGAUUUUGCUCCAGUAAUAGUGGAGGCUUUUAAACAUGUUUCAAGCGAGUCUGAUGAGAGUUGUAAGAAACAUCUUGGCAGAGUGCUCUCUAUCUGGGAAGAAAGGUCUGUUUAUGAAAAUGAUGUAUUAGAACAACUUAGGCAAGCUUUGUAUGGAGACAGAAAGGUCAGGAAGCGAACUUACGAACAGAUAAAAGUUGAUGAAAAUAACUGUUCACCUCAAAGUUCUCCCACUGAUCCUCCACAGACCACAGAUCUUAUUAGAGCAUUGCAAGAACUAGAAAAUGCUGCCUCAGGGGAUGCAGCGGUUCAUCAAAGGAUAGCCUCUUUGCCUAUAGAGGUCCAAGAUGUGUCACUAUUAGACAGAAUAACAGAUAAGGAAUCUGGAGAGCAACUUUCCAAAAUGGUAGAUGAUGCAUGUAUGUUGCUGGCUGAUUACAAUGGCAGGUUGGCAGCUGAAAUAGAUGAUAGAAAACAGCUAACUCGAAUGUUGUCAGACUUUCUGCGAUGUCAAAAAGAAUUCCUUGCAGAGAAAGAACAUAAGCUGGAAGAAUACAAGCGCAAGCUAGCCAGAGUGUCCCAAGUCCGGAAGGAGCUCAGGUCACGCAUCCAGAGUCUGCCUGAUCUCUCGCGACUCCCCAAUGUCACGGGCAGCCACGUACACUUACCAUUUGCAGGAGACAUCUACAGUGAUGACUGAUUGUAAGAACAUCCUUCAAUAACCUCUACUUUUCCGUGAAAUGAGGGGUAGGUCAGACUGAUUGGUACUCUUGUAGUAUUAUUUUUGUAUAUUGUUGGAGAGUGUCAGUAAAAAUACUCUGAAUAAUUUAUAGAAAAAUGGUUUAAAAGUUGAUUUGUUUACUAUUUUAUUGGCAAGUGAACAUAAGGGUACGUUUAUAAAAGAGUGGCAUCUCUGUCUAUUGCAUUAAAGAAUGAGUAAUUAUCUUAUAUUUUGUACAGAUUUUUGUUGGGUUCCCUGUAAAAAAAAACUGAUAAGAUUUUUCUUAUGUACCCUAUAUUUAAUGUAGAUCAAUAUAUAAUCAAAGCAUACUUCGAAGUAUGCUUCUAAGUUGACACAUUUCAAUGACUGUGAGGCACUGAGACAUUAUGGAACAUAAAUAUUACGGAAAUCACAACCUCAUGUUUGCAAGAAGGUUAUUGCAAUUUAAUGCAAAGUUAAAAGUGAUCUUGCUAGCUAUUAUGUUUAACUUACCCACUUCCAAAAAAGGCCAGGUGGCUUAUUUUAAAGUAAAAGUAAAUGUUCCAAUUUUAUAUUGGAAAACAUAGAUCAUGUUACAUUGAACACAUCUUUAAAUGACUCAAAAUGUUGCAAUAUUUUAGUAUUUAAAAGGCAGCACAAAAAAUUACACAUUUGACCAUUUCAAUUAGGAUUGAAAUGGUAAGUUUUCUUUUUACAGCUGCUUAGUUUCCUAGUUGAGGGACCAUUCAUUUGUACUCUAAUCUCUUUCUGGAACAUCUGUCUCCAUCUAAAAAAGUUGAUCCCAAAAAUGUGAAGCCAUUUUACAACUUUAAUUAAAGUGAAAGGCCAUUCUCUAAACUGUGUCUGUUGUUAAAUGUCCAUUAUUAAAAUUUAACAAUACUAUGUACCAUUUAUACAGGCAACAGCAUGAUGCAAACAUGCUGUAGGGUAGCCGUGUGGUAGCUUUGGGCCAAAUCAUACUUUUCCGUUGAGAAACGCAGGAGGCCAGCCUGAGCUACUGCUCCCUUACCUCCCGCUGCUCCAGCAAACGUUUCUAGAGAUCUUCAUCUUCUUUUCUCACAGAACAGGAAGAGAGAGUUCUGGCCUGUGUAUAAUUUAAACUGCAGAAAAAUACUGCUAAAUAGAUGUUUUAGAAAGGUCCUUUGCGUGGCACAACUGUGAUGUUUGUCUACGGGUAGCUAAACUUGUGAAAAUUCUGUGUUACCAUACGAAGCGUCAGCUUUUAAGUUCACUUAAAAGCCUAAAGAUACAGAUGGGCACCUAGUGGAUUGCCAGAAAGUUUCAGCUUUUUUCAGUCAGUUCUAAUUAGGCACUUAAGAAUUUAGGAGUGAUUUUUAAAAUGUCUGUCUGUACCUUUUACCAUUUAAAUGACCUUAAAAACCUAGGCUGAAAGUAUUUGAGCUGGAUAUAUCAUCUGAGUAUUUAACGAUAAUAUUUUGUUCAUGGGUUUGCACUUGGCAGGCAUUGUUUUGCAUCAAUUAAGUUCAAAGUUUACAAAUUUAAUGCUGCUUCUCACAUGAAAGCAAAUUCUUAAAGGCAGCCUAUUCCACCUUGUCAAAAAUUACAAUGAUUCAGCAUAGUCCUGGAGUGAAAUUGUUGAAAAUAGUGAUUUGUCACGUUAUUGACUUCAGUAGGACUAAUCCCUAGAACACUUUUUGGAUGUGAUCAGAAGAUAAUAUUUCUCUUUAAAAUAGUUAUACUUACACACAAGCACCUCCGUCCAAAUAUCCUUCUUUUAUGGAAGUUGCCAUGAAUUAAACCUCUUUUAAGGGAGGAAAAAACCCCAAAAGAUAGAAAUACAAACUGUUGACAUAGCAUUCCCUUUUGCAUCAAAGUUUGACAUUACCCAGCAGUCAGGGAGGGCUUGAAUCUGUAGAUUUUUUUUUUUUUUCUUUUUUUAAAGAUAUUUGCAAAUAGAAAGAAAGCCCACAUGCUCCAUAUUAAAUCUCUGGGCCUCUAUCUGCCACCACUCAGACUGCUCUGCUGUGGUCACUAAACAUAUAUGUGAUCCCAAAAUAUCCCAGGUCCAUCCUAGUAUUUGCCAUGGGAAUUUAAAACAAAAAGAAACCAAUAUUCAUAUUUUUCCCUGAGAUUCUUAAAAAAAAAUGAUGCAACACAAUAUUAAUUUCAUCAAAAAUUCUGAUUCACAGGUAGGAAUGUUGAAAAUAGUUCAUCAGUGCUCGCUAGCCUUCCAAAGAUUAAUAACAGUUCUGAGGGACCCACAGGAAAAAAAAGUUAACCAUAAAUAAUCCAGGAGAGUCUUUAUUUUUUUUUUUUUUUAAGUUUGAGUCUGAGAUGUAUUAUUAAAUAAAAUCUAUUGUCGUCUUUUCAUGAUAAGAGAAUGAAAAUUCAGAUAUAAUUUUUAUGCUUCAAACAUUUCUGUUCUAGUAUGUUAAAACUUAUAUAAAUUUAGUUAUACAUGUAUGUGCAUUACAGCUGCAGUUUACUCUUGCUAAAGAAUAGCACAAAAUUUGUGAUAAAUGUUAAAACAGUUUACUUCAUUAAGAAUUAUAAAACAAAUCAUAAAACCCACUAGUGAGUUCCUGGUUGAAUCCUAGCCAAGGAAAACUUAAUUAGUACCCAAACAUGGUUACAGCAGCAGUGGCAUGGCUUGCUCAGAGUCCAUUGAAGAAUCCAGCAUUGGAUAUUUAAAACUGGAGGAAUAUGUUAAGUUUAUACAGUCUUUUGCUACCUUAACUUAAAAUAAUAAUAAUAAAGUUGAAUGCUUAAUUUCCUUGAUUUCUCAAGAGCAUUAAAAACAACACAAUAGACUUGUUUUUCCUUUUCAUAACUCUUUGUGAUAAUGUUGCGUAUCUACAGGCGUUCUUUUAUCAGAGUUGAUGAAAGAAUGAGGAAGAAUCUCACCUUUUUCCCAAUGUAUAUGUUUUAAUUUUGAGAAAGUGCUAUUUUCUGUAUAUAUUUUUCUUUGUUUUACUGUGAAAUUCUUUACUUCAAGGAAUGUUUAAUAAUUGACGGAUUUUUUAAAUUAUCUCUCCAAAGUUGUUUGGAAAAGAGGACUUGAGGACGGUAAAUAUACUCUUAGAGCAAGUGUCAUAUAUUAAUGGCUGAAUAGUUUUUUUAUUUCUGUGGAAAAGACGUCAGGUUAGAAGAUCUGUAUUGUGAAUGUAAUAGCAUAGCAGGAGAUAACAUUUUAAGAUACAAAUGCAGCCCUUUAGUAUAAAAAGAUAUCUUCAAAUUCUUGGGUUCCAAAGCCUAAGAUAAAUACGUGACACGUCAGGAGGAAAAGGGGUCAGGUGAGAAAAAGUGCCUGGAAGCUAAGAAGGAGUAAAUAUCAGGGUGGAAAUGAAAAGCAAAAAAAAAGUCUGCUUUCGACAAAACAAAAAUAAUAGUGUGAAACUCUGGGCAGUACAAUAUUUAGCUGCAGAUGGAUGAUACAAUAAGACUGCUUUGGAGCAUUACCACUCUGGGAAAAGAUGGGGGUGUCCCCUGCCCAUUUCUCCUAACACACUAUGAUUCUGCUCAAACCAGAAUGCCUACCCUACCAAAGGCACAAAUACAAAAUAUCAGAAAAUUUUCAUCCAAUAACCAGCUUAUUUACUUCACUAUAUUGCACUUUUAUUGAGCAUUCUUUAGGGGAAGGGGAAAAAAAAAAAAAAAAAAAAAAAAAAAAAGCAAAGACAAUCCUGCAGCUCUUUGCCAUAUGAGCAUAUGAGAAUGCUUGGAGGUCUUUCCGCUGGAGUCUCUGGGAUUGCUUGUAUAUUCUAAUGUUUGCAGAAUCAAGCUGUAUUUUUGCAAAAUGUUAUGAAAGCUGUCAAAAACAUCUACUCCACUUCUGUGAUUUUAAAAACAAAAGUAAAGUCCUUAGUUGCAAAAAAUUACGUUUCUUAGAAAUUGUGUUUUUGUUGCUCCUUUUGAAAAUUAAACUAUACACAGCAGUAAUAUUAGCUUGUCUGUGUUUCACUCUGCUAAUGUUGGUAUUAAUAUAUUAAGAUGAAACACCUCAGUUAAUCCUUAGGAACACAGCCUAAACUACAUGCUUAAAUUUCCAUGCUUAAUAGUUUAUCUGAGUGGUCUUCUAAAUGUCCAGCUGAGAGCUUUCAUUAUAAAAUUAUAUUUCUGUUUUCCUCAAGUUUAAGAAGCCAGUGUAUUGGGAUUUCCAUAGACUAAUACUGUUCUCACAAGCCAGUGGCAACUCAGUCUGGUACUUCAGUGAUUACCCCCAAACGCACACUUAGGAUGCCAUAGCCCCCUGCAGAAAUAACCAUAAAAGUCAUAGAAAUCAUGCUUAGGCUUGACUGGCCCAGUACAGAAUAGCUGGAUUUCUAACUUUUGGAACAUAAGCAAAUAAAUCAAUGUUUUCUGUGGAAAGAUUACUGAGCUAGAAAACCAGUAUGUCAAAAAUUUGACUGUUACAUUUAUAAAUAUUUAGGGCCAGUUCUGCUCAUUAUUCAUGCACAUGAUCACAGUGGCCGUUUCUGCCAGUAAAGAAAGCAGCUUCAAAUGUAGUGUAUGAAGAGAAUUAUUUUUAAUGGAUGACCAAUUUUGUGUCAGAUCCUAUUUCAGUGUCAUUUAUCUUGAUUAGGCAGUAACUCUGCCAUCUUGUUAUUUAAAAAUCUAAUUCUGAUUUCACCUUUACAACAUUUAAACUAUCAUACUGAGCAUGUUUUUUUUGUGGGAAUUUGCAGAAGUUCAAUAGCACUCUUGUUACUUGUUUGCAAAAAAAUCGACUCGUUUGUUAAGAGCUAACGACAGUUUGAAAUGUAAAGAUGUUUCAUUAUUGUGCUCUUCUGACAGAAUGUGUAAUCCUUGUGUAAUUUGUCCUCAAAAUAACACCUGUGUGUAUGCUCUUUCAUAUUUAAUAGAAUAAAACAUUGUUGUAAAAACA